GCCAAUGACGUUUGAGAAAAGUUAUACGGUCCGUCCCACUUUUAAACGUCACUGUUGUCAGCGCGGGAGAUGUGAGCGAGUGAGUGGCGCUGAAUAUUGAGAAUUACCGCCAAACUAAAGCUACUAUUUCUGUCGUGUUUCUGAUUGUCCUCCUGAGAGCAUCAUGCCGUGUGAAAGGAAGCCCAUGCGUUACGGUCACUCAGAAGGCCACACAGAUGUCUGCUUUGAUGAUGAGGGAAAGUGUAUUGUGACCUGUGGGAGUGACGGUGAUGUCCGCAUAUGGGAAAGUCUAGAUGACGACGAUCCCAAGUCCAUAAAUGUCGGGGAGAAGGUCUAUUCUGUAGCGUUGAAGAAUGGAAAGUUAGUUACAGCAGUUUCCAACAACACAGUUCAGAUUCACACUUUCCCAGAGGGAGAUCCAGAUGGCAUUCUCACUCGAUUCACCACCAACGCAAACCACGUCACCUUCAACAGCAGCGGGUCAAGAGUGGCUGCAGGCUCAAGUGACUUUAUUGUGAAGAUAGUGGAGGUGGUGGACAGCAGUCAGCAGAAGACCCUACGUGGACAUGAUGCUCCCGUCCUCAGUGUGGCUCUUGACCCUUCUGAUGAGUUCCUUGCUUCCUCCAGCUGUGAUGGAUCAGUUUCUGUGUGGUCUAUUGAGUCACAGACUCAAGUAGCUCAAUGGGAAAUUCUCCAGAAGUCGAGUGACGUGAGCAAUGCCAAGGCUCUCUGUAGGCUUGCAUGGCAGCCUCGUUCUGGAAAGCUGCUUGCUGUACCGGUGGACUUGACCGUUCAACUGUAUGACAGAAAAACAUGGGCACAUGUCAGCACGCUCUCUGAUGACCUCAUCACACAGGUUGUUAAUGUUGUGGUCUGGUCGCCAUGUGGGAAGUUUCUGGCUGCAGGAACAGUUGGCGGAAACCUGUUGAUUUGGGAUGUAGAGGCCAAACUGUGUAUCGAGAGACAGAAACACGAGAAAGGGUUCACUGUGUGUGGGAUGGCGUGGCAUCCCUCUGGGGGCCGGAUCGCUUACACUGACACCGAGGGCUGCCUCGGGCUCCUGGAAGGCGUGUCGCCCUCGUCGCCAUCCUCUUCCUCUACCAUCCAAAGCACCAAGGCCACUGCAGCUAAAGAAAAAAAUGACUAUGACGACCUGUUUGAUGAGGAUGAUGACCGGAUGCUAGAUGAGGGCAUGAGUGACACACGGUCUCCGGUGAAGAAACCCAUCUUGGAGGAUGAUGACGAUGACGAUGACCUCAUGCCUGCCACGGGCAGACCACGGAACAGAGGGUCCUUCCUGGAUGACGAUGACAAUUCUCAAGAUCCAGGCUCUGUAAAACUGGAUGGAGUUCCAGAGGAGGAUGGCAGCAGUGCUAUUCUUCCUGUUGUAGGUCCUGCAGUGUCCCGUCCCGUAUAUGAAGGUCCCAUGCCCACACAACCCCAGAGGGCUUUCCAGCCAGGAUCCACCCCAGUGCACCUCAUGCAUCGCUUUAUGAUGUGGAACUCUGUGGGUAUCGUCCGUGGCUAUAACGAUGAUCAGGACAACGCCAUUGAUGUGGAGUUUCAUGAUACUGCCAUCCAUCAUGCCAUGCACCUCACAAACACCCUGGGCCACACCAUGGCUGAUCUAUCCCAGGAGGCUGUGAUGCUGGCCUGUGAGGGAACUGACGAGCUUGCCAGUAAGAUCCAGUGUUUGCAUUUCUCAUGCUGGGACACUCAUAAGGACUGGAUAGUGGAUCUUCCUAAAGGAGAGGAUGUUCGUGCAUUGUGUUUGGGUCAGAGCUGGGCGGCAGUGGCCACCAGUGCUCUGAUGGUCAGGCUGUUCUCUAUUGGUGGAGUGCAGAAGGAGAUCUUCAGCCUGCCUGGAGCUGUUGUCUGCAUGGCAGGACACGGAGAGCAGCUCCUCAUCGUGUAUCACAGAGGUACUGGGUUUGAUGGAGGACAGGCCCUUGGCUUACAGCUGCUCCAGCUCGGGAGCAAGAGAAGACAGGUCAUACAUGGAGAACCAUUGCCUCUCUCACAGAAGUCCUACCUGGCAUGGAUGGGCUUCACUGCAGAGGGAACCCCAUGCUGUAUUGACUCUGAGGGUGUUGUACGUUUGCUGAACCGGACCCUGGGGAACACGUGGACUCCUGUCUGUAACACCAGAGACAGCUGCAAGAGCAAAUCAGACCAUUACUGGGUUGUUGGGGUUCAUGAGAAUCCACAGCAGCUCAGGUGUAUCCCAUGUAAAGGCUCUCGUUUCCCACCCACCCUACCUCGCCCCGCUGUGGCCGUCCUGCCCUUUAACCUGCCUUAUUGCCAGACCACCACAGAGAAAGGCCAAAUGGAGGAGCAGUACUGGCGGUCCAUGCUCUUUCAUAACCACUAUGGCUUUCUGUCAUCCAGUGGUUAUGAAAUUGACAGCGAGGGUCAGGCUCAGGCUGAGAAAGAGCAGCAGGAACUGCUAAUGAAGAUGUUCGCUCUGUCGUGUAAAUUGGAGCGAGAGUUCCGGUGCGUGGAGCUGGCUGAGAUGAUGACUCACAGCGUUGUGACGCUCGCCAUCCGUUAUGCGUCUCGUUCCAGACGCAUGGCACUGGCACAGAGACUCAGUGAACUUGCCCUGGAAAAGGCCAAUCAGUUUCAAGAGGAGGAGCUGGAAGAAGAAGAGCCAGCCUAUCAGAGAGGAUCCCGUCAGAUGAGCAGCAGACAAGCACAAGUAGAGAAUGGCUGUGAGGAGGAGGAGGAGGAGGAGGAAGAAGAUUAUCCACAAGAGGAGCAAAUGGAUGGAGAAGAAGCAACAGAGACCAGGAAGCCAAGACCAGGUUUGAAUCCAUUCAAAAAACGAGGAAAAUCACCUGAGAGGCCUUCUCCUAAACCAAUGAGCAGAGAAGGACGUGUGAACCCUUUUAAGGUGUCCGGUGCAGGAAAGUCAAGUUCACCAGCUGGUCAGCCCAGAACAACUAAUGUUUUGGACAGCAUGACAAUGUCCAGCAGAAAACCCACACCACUCGGCAGUACAUCAAAACAGAGCAAAGCCCCAGUCCUGAAACCACUGGCACCCAAACCCAAGUCCAAGACCCAGGCCACUCUGCUGCAAAUGAGUGUCUCUAAAGGAAACAGUAAGAAACUGGAGGACAGUCAAACGGAAGCAGAGAAAGUGAAACCUGCCCCUGUAGCUACACCACCAGCAUCAGUGGAGAAUAUUGAAAACAGAAAGCCAAAAACCGGCUUUCAGCUGUGGCUUGAGGAGAAUAGGAAGAGCAUUCUCGCUGACAAUCCUGACUUUGAGGAAGUGGAUGUUAUCAAGGAAGGCAUGGGGCGUUUCCGCACUCUUUCAGCAGAAGAAAGACUGAGCUGGACGGAGAGAGCAAAGGGUGAGUCUGACCCCAAGAAACGAAAGCGUGAAGAUGAAGAAGGAAAAGUAAAUGACCAAAUGGAGUCGGAUGAGGGCAGCGCCAAAAAGAAAAAGCCACUGGAUACUUCAGCUAAACUCUCUGCGUUUGCAUUUAACAAAGAAUAGUACUUGGCAUAAAUUAGUUUAAUGCUUAUGUAAUUUUUACAUUUUAUUUUUUUUAUAUUGAUUGGGUCAAAAACUUAAGUUUUCUUCUUUUCAUUGUUUACUGUAAUUCUCUCAUUGUAUCAAAUAGACUGGCUGCUCAUUCGUCAUCUACUCAUUCUCCAUAAAUUUUCUCAAGUUUGAGCUCUUUUGAAAGCACUGCGUCUCUUCAUUAGCAUUUGAAAUGAAGCAAAGUCUCUUUAAGCAUUUGCAAUAUGGCAAGAUGGUUAAUAAUAAGGUCUCUUAUUCAAAUCUAGUGAUAUUCUGGAUGUUUUGUAUAUAUUUUUUUGUGAAGUUUUGUACUGUAUGUAAAACAAAUAAUUGUAAUAAAAGCUAA